CUAAAUCAAGUGCCGGUCAUACAUAAGCGCCAGAUCGAAACUCUCUCUCUCUCUCUCUCUGUCUCUCUCACUCUCUCCCGUUCUGUCCUUGGUCUUUGCGCUGCUGAUACUGUACGGGAUAAUGGCAAUAUCAACAGCAGCACCAACAAGAACAGCACCGUCAAGGAGCUGGGUGAGCAAUCUGCCAUCAAUAGCAUCUCGAAUCUAUUUCUUCCUUAUCAUUCUCCAGGUCCCUCUUUUCAGGGUUCCUUGCAGAUCUGGCAUGUGUUCAUCACCAAUUCAUGUCACAUCUUCACAAUUGAUUGCAAGUGAGAUAUUUCCUGUUCCUGUAGUGAAAGGUCUUCUCUAUCCUGGAGCUAUAGUGAAUGGUAUUGUCCGGAACAUGACUAUUCCAAGCUGGGGAAACCUUCUAAAUAUCUAUAACUUGACCAGUGUCAAAGAAGCCCCUGCAGUAACUGAUCUCCAGCGCUUAGAGGUUCUUGCAGGAAGCUAUUUUUCUGUGGCAGGAGCAGUUGUUGGCUUGUUAAAACCUGGGAGGAUGAGCAUGUUUGGAACACUUUUGGUAAUAUGGGGCCUUGUGAAGGAAGGGAUCCUAGGAAAGCCGGCAAAUACAGAUCCUGCUAAAGCUGUUUAUGUCUAUCCAACAAUGUUGCUUGCCUUGAUCUGUGCCUUCUCUUCUGUGAAGUAUGAUGUGAAGAAGGCUGUGAGAAGUGCCCCUUCUAGACCCAUUGCAAAGCCUCUGCACAGCUCUUCAAAGUCUAAACUGAAAUGAGUUGAUUGCCUUUAAUCUUUUUGUAAUUUUUUUUAAUCUUAAAAACUUCACGUUGGUUGAUGAGUAGUUGAACUUGAAGCUGUAUGUUUUUCUGCCAAAAUCAAUUUUGAACAGAAAAACUGAUAUUAGUAUUAACUCACGAAUAUGUUGAUAUUAAUCAAUCAGUUAAUCUUCCUUUUGAGCA